UGCGGCGGGACGGAGCUCUCCUCACCCUCCUCAUCCUCAUCCUCAUCCUCCGUGCUCGUCCUCCGCCGCGGCCGCCCCGCGCAGCGCCGCAGGGCGCAGCUCCCCCGCCGCACCGCACCGCACCGCGCAGCGCCCCGCACCAGUCCCUCCGACGGACUCGCCGCUCCGUGGCGGCCAUGGAGCACCGCGGCGCGUCCCCGCUCCUGCUGGCCCUCGCGCUCCUCAGCGCCCUCUGCGGGCGCGCCCGCGCGCUGCCCCCGCGCGCCGCCGCCUUCCCCGCCGCGCCGCGAUUGGUAAACAGACUGCCGUUUGAUGGAGCCAGUGAACCUGAGCGCGCCCGUGGGUCACUAAAGUCUGAAUCAGACACUUUCCAGAACACACUACCUGAAAAUGAGAAAUUCUAUCUUGAUCUGUCCAAAAUUAUCGAUAGAAAUGCAAGGCAUGCUGAUGGACUUUUCACCAGCCUCUACAGCCAUCUUUUGGCUAGACUUGCUCUGAAGAGAUAUCUGCAGUCGGUUAAUAGAAAACGAGUUAGAUCCCAGGACAGUCCUGUCAAACGUCACUCUGAUGCUGUCUUCACUGACAACUACAGUCGCUUCCGAAAGCAAAUGGCUGUGAAGAAAUACUUAAACUCAGUUUUAACUGGAAAAAGAAGCCAGGAAGAGCUAAACCCUGAAAAACCUCAAGAUGAAGCAGAACUCCUUGGACCUUCUUUUUCAGAAAACUAUGAUGAUAUUUCUGUAGAUGAGCUGCUGAGCCACCUCCCACUGGACCUCUGAAGGACACCUGGUAAAGUCUAUGACAAGAACAAGUUAUUUUUGAUUUCCACAUAGUAUUUCAAAGAGCUGACUUUAGUCAUCAAACCAGAACAAAUGUGUUUGUGAAGUGAAAGUUGUGAUAUAUUGUUUCUUAUGUAAUAAAAGUUGAUAUUUACAUUGUAAAUAUUACUCUUGAGUUCUCUACUGAAAGCUGUACGUACAGAUGCCAGUUUAACUCAUGAGGAGUCUGUGAGUCCCAUAUGCUGUAAAUCUUCAAUAAAUCUGAAAAUGAGUAUGCAGCUGAAGAACUCCUUACUAAUUAAUUGGCUCGUUUUGGAUACAGUACUACUUCAGAUAAACUUGUUUGAUCAGACGGAUAAAUUUUCAGAUUACUUCAUAAAAGUGUAAAAGUGUGAGAGAUUGUGUUAAAUGCAUACAAAUUACAUUAAAAAGCUAGUUCUCUGAAGGUUGCUCCCAAGCAAGAGUAUGCUUUUCCAGCAGCUAACCAGAGAAUGAGAGGAAAUGAAAAAACAUUACAAAAUAUUUGACCUUUGACAGAGUCUUUCCCGUCUCUUUCAUAUUUUUAGUAUAUCACAAUAUAAAAAACUAUUAAAACCAUCAAAAUGUAUCCUUUACUUUCAGUGAUAUUUUGGAUGCUCUGGACCUGCCAAAGCACGCACGGAAGAAUGCUCUCCCUUGAUUUGUUUGAUGUCUAAAGUCAUUGGUUAUUCUACAUUUGAUUGUCUGUAGCUUUGAUGAUGAAACUAUUCC